AUGUUAGAUCGCAAAAUAGUGGGUAGAUUUUGUGGUAUUGCGAUCACAGUUGGAGAUUUACCGAGUGACGAUAGACCAGGCACAGAAACUCGUAAACUGCAUAAUACAGGAAAUCUAGAUGUUCAUAAACAUAAAAGUGUAUAUGGCUAUGUUGAUUUUUGUAACUCUUUUCCUGUUCUUCAAUAUGCUACUCGACUUCCAGAUUUUAGAUGUAGAAUGUAUAGAAAUAAUAUGAUUUAUGGAAUCCAGAAUGGAUUGGUGAAAUCACUAAAUGAAAUUCAAAUCAAGUUGAAAACUUUUGAUUAUUGCUAUCUGAGCGACCUCGAGGACGAACUCCAUAAAGCAAUAGACGAGACAGCUGGAAGUAUUCUUAAGUUCAUAGAUAUAGUACAAUCCACGGUUGUAUCUGUCCCUUGUCAUAAUGUUAUUCAGUACAACACCGAAUUAGAUCUUAAACAGAUGGAGUUACAGAUGGAGGAACUUAACUCAGAAGGCUGGCCAGACAUCGUGGUUUGGCUUCUUAAUAAUGGCUCUCGAGUGGCGUUCGCAAAAAUAUCCGCUGCUGAUAUUGUACACUCCGUCAUAUCAGAACAAAAGGGAGAAUAUUGUGGCCGAAUACAAACCCUUUGCUUAAAGCCGUUGAAAUGUCCGAAGCAUAUGAAUUCCCCAUUAUUGAGUUGUCACUGCGUUGCGGGUAAAGUAGAACUCUUAAUGUGGAUGGGGCUUCAUCGUCAAUCAUCAGAUUUUGAAUUCUCUCUACCUCGCGGGUAUAAACUAAGAAUGAAGAAAUACAAUAUGUUUGUUAAAUCUAAUAUUAUGGGUAAAACGGAAUUGUUAGGAAGGAUAAAAAUUUAUCCCGAAGUAACUGAUGAACCGAGCUAUGAAAAUGCACCCAGUCUGCAGUGGUAUGAUUUUUAUCGAGGCACUGAAUUCGCCGGACAAAUCCUAAUGUCAGUACAAUUGUUACAGAUACCCGAGAGAUUACUUAGGUCUACUGAAUACACUUCAGAAGAUGAAAUUUUCGAAGCGAACACUGUUAAUGACGCCGAGGUUUUUGAAGGAAUUGAAAGUCUUCCAAUGAACCUACUUCCAAAACCUUCUACGUAUAAAGUCGAUGUUUAUUGGUGGGGACUUCGGGAUAUUGAUUCAAUGAGAAAACCCUGUGUUGUAAUGGAAGUUGAGGAUCUCAGUAUAAAAUCUGAAAUAAUUACAGAUAAGUCUAACAACUGCAAUUUUUCUAAAGGUCGAACCACGCAGAUAUACGAAACAGAAGUUGAGACUCAGCCACAAUUUUCCAAGUUUAAAGAUUGGUGCGCUACACUGAAACUUUAUAAUGGAAAGAAAACAGGUAUUCCAGAUAAGGACGAGAAGCUUUACUGCGGUUUCUUAAAGGCGGGAUUUGCGAUAUAUAAGUGGCCGCCGCCAACUAACACGAUCGCUGUUACUCCCAGCGGAAUUGACUUAAAUAGAGGAUUUUUUGACGAUCAUCCCCAUAACAAUCCUGCUGAAUUUCUCGUCCGCGUUUACAUUGUGAAAGGAGUUAAUCUCAAAUCUAAAGAGUUUAUUGGGAAAUCUAAUCCUUACAUCGCGUUAAAUUGUGGAAACAAACACAUAGCUGACCGAAACAACUACGUCCCGAACUCAGUUAAUCCAAUAUUUGGAAAAAUGCAUGAAGUUCAUUGUUGUCUGCCUGAUGACUAUCUUUUGGCAGUUUCGUUAUAUGACUACGGAAUAAACUCGCCUGAUAAAUUAAUUGGUACAACAACAAUUGACCUAGAAGAUCGCAUCUAUUCUAAACACAGAGCCCGAGUUGGUUUACCUUCAGAUUACAGCCUAAACGAACCUUUCAAAUGGCGUGAUUGUUUGAAGCCUUCGGAAAUUCUCGACGAAAUUUGUUCAAAGAACCAUCUUCCGCCUCCGAGAUUCAUAAACAGCAAUACCUUGUUAGUCAAUGGUGUAGAAUAUAGAAACAAUGAGAAAGGGAAAGUUAUGCUAAAUCUUAACGCUUUGACUUGUGGAGAGAAGCAAGCUCAGGACUGUUCCUUGGAAUCCUUGAAUAAUAAUAAAAAAAUUGAUUUGUUUUAUUCCGAAUCUAUAAAAUCCUGGUGGCCUUUAGUCGCAGUUGAUGAGAGUUCUGGAGCAUUCAUAUUUAAGGGUUGCAUACAUUUAGAACUGACAUUAAUGCCAUUGGAGAAAGCUGUUGUAAUGCCAGUAGGCAUUGGAAGAAAACCUCCAUUUCCUUUGGCGGAACCUGCGUAA